AUGACAGACCUCACUCCACACGGAACGGCGGCUGAACCCGGUAGCGGCUCGGAACUGAACGGCCGAACAACAACGGGAGCCCAGGAUGCCGGAUCCGGCUUUGGAUUUCCGGGCCAGCCGGAGUCUCAGAAACAGCAGCAGCAGCAGCAGCAACAGCAACAGCAACAGCAGCCGCAGCAGCCGCAGCAGCAGCCGCAGCCACCUCAGGAGAGCGCGCAGCAGCAGCAGCAGCAGCAGCUCACGCCGCAGCAACAGCCACAGAAACAGUCACAGACACAUCAGCAUCAACACCAUCCCGCGGAUGUCUCUGGCGGCAGUCCCGCGGACAGCAGCCGGCGCGAAAACGCGCUGGUUUCUGCGCCGGUUUCUGCAGUGCAUGGCGCUGGUCCCACGGCUGCGAUAGCGCCACGCGAACAACAGUGGCAGCAGCAGCAGCAGCAGCAGCAACAUGCAUACCAGUACAGUCCGCAGGCCGGCGGCUACUACGCAGCUCCUGCAGGAUCACUGUUAGACGGUGCGCACGUUGCGCAGUACGCUUAUGCAUAUCAUCCAAAUGCUGCAGCACAGCAGCAGCAGCAGGCCCCAGAAGGCGGCCAAGCAUAUGCGGCUUCCUAUGGCGCGCCUGCCGGGUACGCAUACUACCCGUCGCUCUACAGCGGCGUUUCUGCGGACGAGCAGCUGCAGCAGCAUUAUGCAGCGCAUCAGACGCAGACGCAGCCCCAGCAACAGCAGCAACAGCAGCAGCAGUCCUCACAACAGCCCGCAGCUCCUUAUAUGUCGUAUCGUCAGUACGACCAGGCUCAGGCUCAAGCGCAGGCCCAAGCUCAGGCUCAGGCGCAGGCGCAGGCUCAAGCUCAAGCUCAAGCACAAGCACAAGCACAAGCACAAGCCCAAGCCCAGGCCCAUGCCCAGGCCCAAGCGCAGUACCAGGCCCAGGCCCAUGCUCAGUCAUACCAGUACCCCGGUUUCCGCUCUGCAGGUCCUGCUGAGGAGCUUUCCAACUCGCCUGUGGGCCACGGCUCGUACUACGGCGGCGUUGGCGCACCAGUGGUCUCAGAAGACGCCGCAGCGCAUGCAAAACGGCGCAACAUGGGCGUCGCUCCGCCACGUUCUUCGCAGGACGGCUCUGCACUACUGGGGCUGGCCACUGCGGGCGCGUCUGUGGACUUGGGCCAGCAUGCAUCGUCGCACGCGUCGCCUGUGCUGGGCCCACAUCCAGCUGCUCACAUAGUAGCCGCCAGGCCUCGUGUCACUACAACCGUAUGGGAAGACGAAAACACGCUGUGUUACCAGGUCGAAGCUAAUGGAGUCUCGGUAGUGCGCAGAGCUGACAACGACAUGAUUAACGGCACAAAGCUUUUGAAUGUGGCGAAAAUGACUCGGGGACGCCGAGACGGGAUUUUAAAGGCCGAAAAAAUUCGACACGUAGUCAAGAUCGGGUCCAUGCAUCUUAAGGGAGUGUGGAUCCCAUUCGAAAGCGCGUUGGCCAUGGCCCAGCGUGAAAAGAUCGCAGAUAUACUGUUCCCACUGUUUGUGCGCGACAUUCAGAGCGCCAUUCAACAUGGCGCGUCCUCGGUACUGGCAGCAACAAACAACAUGCCACCCCAGAUGGCCGUUUCCGCGCCACCGUCUAGGGGCGCGGCGUACUACCCAGAUUCUGUAGCAUCAGCGGCGGCGGCGGCGGCGGCGGCCGGAGUUCCGCAGAGCUACCAUCAGCCCGUUGGUGCCUACGGCGGCUACCAGUUCCCAGAAUACGCGUACGGAGCCGCCGCGCAAAGCGCCGGGACCGGCCGGCAUGUAAUGCCCGGGCCCAUGGCCGCGCUGAUCGGCCCGGGAAGCCACAGCCAUCCGCAACACCACAUUCCUGGACCGGCACCGGGACCAACACCGGGACCGGCUCCGGGCUUGCUGAUACCCGGAACAAACACAGCGGCUCACACCGGACCCGGCGGCAUGGCCGGUGCUCACAUCGCUACUCCGAUGUCCGCCCAGAACUCCGGAAAUGAUCCGCAACACGGGGUCGCCGGUGUUCGGAACUCCGCCGCCGACGUGGUCAAGUCCGAGCCAGACCAAAGACAAGCAUAA